AGGAGAGGAAGUCAGAGUCCGCUCCUCCCUCCCUCCCUCUCCCUGUCUCUCUCACUGUCUCCCCACCCCCUCGGGGAGUGAGGUGCCCAGACAGACGCUGGGUGAGUCAGGCCUCCUGCCCGUCGUUAGCGCUUUUCCUUUUUAGGAAGUUCGGCCGGAGGGGGCCGGCGGUGGGCGGACGUCCCGGAUUCUCCCGGCCUGAUAUCACCCGGAGACCGCGGGAGGGAGGCACCGCAGACACAGACAAAGGGCCGGGACGGGACGGGACGCUCCGGGACGGCCAGGGAUCGGCGGGGCGACCGGCGGCCGGAGACGAGACGAGACCAGAGGGUCCGGAACCGGGAUCGAGGACUGCGGAAGCCCGGGAGGGGGGCGUGAAAUGUCGGCCCCCGGCGAGGGGGGCCAGCCCCGGGCGGCCACCGGGGUGAAGUUCAGCCUGGCGGCCCCCAGCUCCUUCACCCCCCAGCGCAAGUAUGGCCCCGUGGUGGCCCCCAAGCCCAAGGUCAACCCGUACCGGGUCGCCGGGGCCCAGCCCGAGGGCCCCGUUGCCGUGGAGACCCGGGUCCCCGGCGCCAACACGGGGCAGCCGCGGACGGCCAAGGUGGACGUCAGCUUGUCCGUGGCCCUGCCACCCCCUCCCCCUCCGGAGGACGAGGCCCUCCCCGCCCCCUGUGACCUGCCCCCGCCCUCCCCCCCUCCUCCUCCCCCGCCCCCUCCGCCCUUCGAGGAGUCCUUCCCCGCCCCGCCCCUCGAGGAUGCCUUCCCCUCGCCCCCGUCACCCAUGGUGGAGGAGACGCUGUCGCCCGGGGAGAAGACGGCCUCCACGGCCCAGGGGAGCGUGCUGCCCAGCGUGGAGAGCACCCUGGAGAGUGAGAUCGACACCCUCACGAACCUCCUCAACGACAUGGAGAGGAACGACCCUCGCAGGCCAAGGGCCGAGGUACCUGCACCCCCGACCAGCACCCAGACCGGAUCGACCCUGGGGAAGCCUCCUCCUUCGGUAACGACCCUUCACUCGGGUGCAUCCCAUCGGGUGCCCGGAGCCAAGUUCAACACCAGGGCCCAGGGGUUCCCGCCUGCCACUGCCCCCAAACCUCAGGCACCCCUCCCCAAGGCACAGGUCUGUCCAAAAGCCCCCACACCCGUCGUCCGAGAGCAAGAGAGAGCACGUGAGGUAUCCCAGACGCCGAGGAAGAGGGAAACCAUUGAGCCCCCCCGUCCGGCCGUGGGCGUGCAAGGGGCCUCACCCCUCAGCUACAAGGAUGUGCAAGAGCUGGAGACUCUGGCCCAGGACCUGAUCCGCGAAAUGGACAAGCACCCCGAGGUGAAGACGGGGGCUGCCGAGCUCUGCGGCCAGUGCGGGAGGGAGCUGUCGCGCAGCCAGGCGGCCGUGAAGGCCAUGGGCCGGCUGUUCCACGUGGAGUGCUUCACCUGCUCGCAGUGCCGGGCCCAGCUGCAGGGCCGCCAGUUCUACGAGGUGGAGGGCAGGCCGCUGUGUGAGAGCUGCCACCAGGAGACUCUGGAGAAGUGCAGCGCCUGCGGGCAGCCAAUCCACGAGAAGAUGCUGCGCGCCACGGGGAAGGCCUUCCACCCGGAGUGCUUCACCUGUGGCGACUGUGGCCAGCGGCUGGAGGGGCGGCCCUUCCUCGUGGACCCCGAGGGGAAAGUCUACUGUGUGGAGGAUUACCACCGGAGAUUUGCCCCCCGCUGCAGUGUCUGUCAGCAGCCCAUCAUCCCUGAGGAGGGGAGGGAGGAGACGGUGAGGAUCGUCGCCCUCGAGAGGAACUUCCACCUCAACUGCUACCGCUGUGAGGACUGUGGGACACAGCUUUCGACGGAGGCGGACGAGAAGGGUUGCUACCCGCUGGACAGCCACGUCCUCUGUAUCGCCUGCCACACCGCCCGUCUGCAGAAGUCCAGGCCGUGACCGGCCCAGCUGGGGGCGGGAGCGCAGGGGCCGGGGGGCAACGGAUCGCCCAGCGCCGAACUCCACGCUGCCCGCGCCUCUCUGCUCUUCCUGUUCCGGACCACCCCUCAUCCCCCCCUUCCCAACCCAUCACCCCUCUGUGUCCUCUCUGUGCCUCCCUCCCCCCUCUCCUUCCCUCCCUCCCCUCUCUCUGUUACCCUUACCUCUCAACCCCUCUCUCUCCUCGAUAUCUCUCUCUCUCUUCUUUUUCUUGCGUUUCCUUUAUCUGUCCCCCCCUCUCUCUCUCUCCCUCCCUCCCUCCCUCUCUUCCCCUCUCCCCCUCUCACUCGUGCUCUCUCCUCUCCCCACCCUCCCUGUAUCCCUCUCCUUCAACCCCUUUCCUCUCUUUACGGGCCCCCCCCCACACUCUCUCUGUCUCACCUCCUACCCUCCCCUCCCCAUCUCAAACCCCCACCCCCCCCGAUACCCGGCCCCACAAAUUCACGUUUGCAAAAUAUGCUUUUUGUUUUGUAAGAAUUCACGAAACGAUAACAUUGGU